AUGAGGGGACUCCGGGAGAUGCUCUCGCUGUGCGUCGCGCUACCAUGGCUCCAGUUCACCUGCGCUCAAACCCAAGAAGGUAGGUUUCGUGCCUGUAUUGCACUCGCCGUCAAAUUGAUUAGACUUUCUCUCAAAUGAUUUCCUAUUCCCCCGAUAGUGCCCACAUUUCUGUUUAGAAAAACGUAUUGUGAAAAUGAGGAUUCAUUUGGGAAUUGGCCCCAACGUUUCUCAUUCUGUGGGAUACCUCAUUUACGCCCCAAGAAAGUUGCCUAUUACUUUGUCAAUAAUCCCAAUGUGUUUUGUGUUUUUUUAGGAGGGACCAAUCCCACAGUGUUGUGUACAUAACAUAGUCAAUAUGCCAUCACUUGUCCUCACCUAAAUCGGUGCUGUCAAUCUGACCCUAGAGACAAAACCAGUUUCAUACAGUCAGCCGACUUUCAAAAUAGUGUGCUUGAAUGUCAAUGUCAAUUGUGUCUGUGUUUAUUUUGUGUGUUAUCGCUUGUCAUGCAAGUUGUUAAGGAAAAGCAACUCAUCCCUAGAAACGUAUCAGAAAAAUAUGUUUCUAUGUUUCUUUUCUGUUCUUCUGUCUCUUUCUCACUUUGCACCUCAAACAAGUGUUCUUGGAAAAUACUUUCAAAUCUGUGCAGUGUAUUCACCUGGUAUUCACAGUGAGUCAGGUGUGAGUGUGUAUAGCCUCCAUGUUAGAGUGAGGUGUUGUGAUUUGAAUCACAAACAACCGCGAACACUGGCUGAACUUUGCCUCUGUACUUAUGUCACCCGGCUGUAGGUAAAUAAGGUGGUGCAGUGCAGGAGGAAAACAAUGUAAACAACAGGUCAGGACGCAGGUGAUCCCCAUCAGGUGACGGUCAGACUGGCCCUUUGGCAUCAGUGGAGGAUAAUAGGCUGAAGUAAAUAGACUCAUACUGUACAUGUCAGGCAACAGUACAAAUAUAAUUAAUGUCGAUUUUGAUCAGCAUCAGAUCAAUAUUUUAUUUCCUCUGCAGUGCACACUAUACUUAUUUCAAUGUAUUCUCUAGAGAUCUAUAACUCCUCAUCAAUAUAAUAUGCCAUUUAGCAGACGCUUUUAUCCAAAGCGACUUACAGUCAUGUGUGCAUACAUGUUUGUGUAUGGGUGGUCCCAGGGAUCGAACCCACUACCCUGGCAUCACACUUUAUUUACUGAGGGACAACUGCUCCUAUAUAUAACACAGGUUGGCUCCUGUCCUAAAAUGUAUCAAAUCAAAUUGAAUGAAAUAUAAUUUGAUUGAUGGACUGGUUGAUUAAUUGUCCUAUAUGUGACCAUGGGCACUGGUCAAGCAGUGCUUUGUUGUCUUAGCCGUCGGGGAUAUGGCACAGAGCUCAAGAUUACAAGGCACUGUGUGCCAUAAACUCAUAUCAGGGUUCAGAGAUAACGAUAACUGCCAUGUCAUAAAAAUAUACCAAUUACAACACGUUCUCAGGCAUCUCUGAAGCUUGGAUUUUCCUCAAUCUCUUCAAGCUUGUUUUUCUAUCACCUGGAACUGUGUGUGUAUGCGUAUGUGUGUCUGUGUGCACGUAUGUGUGUUUGUCUGUGUAUGUGUAUGUGUGUGUUGAGGUUGGACAUUCCUGGCAUGACUAUUCUAAUGCUCAGAUGUUUGUGACUGGAGCAUAUUUAUCUGCAUAAUUUCAUUCUUGAUACGUGACACAUGUUGUUUUCAAUGAUUGAUAAUUGAGUGAUUUCUGUUAAAGAUGAAUAAUGUCACACCUUAAUUGAAUAAUGAUGCACACCCUUGUAGGAUGUGUAUUAUUUUUGGUUCAUAAAAAACAACCCAUUUACCAGAUCAGCUUGUAUACUGCAGAUGUUGGUGUCAGGCCUGUGAAAUAGAGAGGUAGGAAAGCUGGGUUAUUUUCUGUGAUGGGGGAAUAACCGAGACAGUUAGACAGGAUAUUAUUUUUUACGAUAUAUCGCAAUAUUAUUGUUUACGUUAUUGUGAUAUUAUUUUAGUGCUAGUUAGCUGUACCUGUGCCAUAACUCCUGUAUUUUUCCUUCUAUAGUGUGUUCUCCAUCUUUUAAAAUGGUGAGCCAAUAUGUUUUCAUCACUUUUCCAUGACUGAUCAAAACUCGUUUUCUCAUGGGUCUCUGUUGUCCCUCUGCAUCAGACAUAUGGGUAGCAAUUUCAGUAUCGAAUUGCAAUACAUAUAGAAUCGUGAGAUUCGUGAGAAUCACAAUACAAAUAAAAUCGGCACCUAAGUAUCUUGAUAAUAUCGUUUUGUGAGGUCCCUGGCAAUUCUCAGCUGUAGUUAUUUUCACAUAUUGACCACUGUAGAGGAACAGCAUAAACCAGUGACUCUGUGUUGAACAAAGUAGAUUGAGUCAAUCACUUUUUCUGAUUUCAGUGGUUCCAAUAUGUAUUCAUAGCUUUGAUUUAAUGUCCUUGUUUGUAAUUGCACAAUAACUACCCACACAAAACAAUUUGUGCCUCACAGGUAAUCCUCUCAGUGUUUACUGCUUCACUAGAGUGACACCUGUUCUAAUUUACGGAUGCGUCACAAAACAGUGUUGUCGCACCUGUUUGUGAGGCAUGUACUCUAGCAUGUUAUUGUGUAACCCCUGAACUUUUCAAUGUGAACCUCUCAGUCAAUACCAGUGUGCCCUUCACACCUCAGGAAGUUGUGCCCCUUACAGUGAAUAUUUACUAUUUUCAUCUAUCACAAAUAAUACCCUGUGGGAAGAGAACAAUAGUACCAUUUAUUUUCAUCACUUUGGUUCAGUUUUCACCAGUAUGUGGUACAUUUUCACAACUCUUAGUCAAUGUAAAUAGUCUGGGUGGCCAUUUGAUUAAUUGUUCAGCAGUCUUAUAGCUUGGGGAUAGAAGCUGUUAAGGAGCCUUUUGGACCUAGACUUGGCGGUGCGGUACCGCUUUCCGUGCGGUAGCAGAGAGAACAGUCUAUGACUUGGGUGACUGGAGUCUUUGACAAUUAUUUGGGCCUUCCUCUGACACCGCCUAGUAUAUACAGUUGGAGUCGGAAGUUUACAUACACCUUAGCCAAAUACAUUUAAACUCAGUUUUUCACAAUUCCUGACAUUUAAUCCUAGUAAAAUGUCCCUGUCUUAGGUCAGUUAGGAUCACCACUUUAUUUUAAGAAUGUGAAAUGUCAGAGUAAUAGUAGAGAGAAUGAUUUAUUUCAGCUUUUAUUUCUUUCAUCACAUUCCCAGUGGAUCAGAAGUUUACGUACACUCAAUUAGUAUUUGGUAGCAUUGCCUUUAAAUUGUUUAACUUUGGUCAAACGUUUCGGGUAGCCCUCCACAAGCUUCCCACAAUAAGUUGGGUGAAUUUUGGCCCAUUCCUCCUGACAGAGCUGGUGUAACUGAGUCAGGUUUGUAGGCCUCCUUGCUCGCACACGCUUCUUCAGUUCUGUCCACACAUUUUCUAUAGGAUUGAGGUCAGGGCUUUGUGAUGGCCACUCCAAUACCUUGACUUUGUUGUCCUUAAGCCAUUUUACCACAACUUUGGAAGUAUGCUUGGGGUCAUUGUCCAUUUGGAUGACCCAUUUGCGGCCAAGCUUUAACUUCCUGACUGAUGUCUUGACAUGUUGCUUCAAUAUAUCCACAUAAUUUUCCUUCCUCAUGAUGCCAUCUAUUUUGUGAAGUGCACCAGUCCCUGCUGCAGCAAAGCACCCCCACAGCAUGAUGCUGCCACCCCCGUGCUUCAAGGUUGGGAUGGUGUUCUUCGGCUUGCAAGCCACCCCCUUUUUCCUCCAAGCAUAACGAUGGUCAUUAUAGCCAAACAGUUCUAUUUUGUUUCAUCAGACCAGAGGACAUUAUUCCAAAAAGUACGAUCUUUGUCCCCAUGUGCAGUUGCAAACCGUAGUCUGGCUUUUUUAUGGCGAUUUUGGAGCAGUGGCUUCUUCCUUGCUGAGCUGCCUUUCAGGUUAUGUCGAUAUAGGACUCGUUUUACUGUGGAUAUAGAUACUUUUUUACCUGUUUCCUCCAGCAUCUUCACAAGGUCCUUUGUUGUUGUUCUGGGAUUGAUUUGCACUAAAGUACGUUAAUCUCUAGGAGACAGAAGGCGUCUCCUUCCUGAGCAGUAUGACGGCUGCGUGGUCCCAUGGUGUUUAUACUUGCGUACUAUUGUUUGUACAGAUGAACGUGGUACCUUCAGGAGUUUGGAAAUUGCUCCCAAGGAUGAACCAGACUUGUGGAGGUCUACAAUUUACCCCCUUUUUUUCUUUUGAUUUUCCCAUGAUGUCAAGCAAAGAGGCACUGAGUUUGAAGGUAGGCCUUGAAAUACAUCCACAGGUACACCUCCAAUUGACUCAAAUGUUGUCAAUUAGCCUAUCAGAAGCUUCUAAAGCCAUGACAUCAUUUUCUGGAAUUUUCCAAGCUGUUUAAAGGCACAGUCAACUUAGUGUAUGUAAACUGACCCACUGGAAUUGUGAUACAGUGAAUUAUAAGUGAAAUAAUCUGUCUGUAAACAAUUGUUGGAAAAAUUACUUGUGUCAUGCACGAAGUAGAUGUCCUAACCGACUUGCCAAAACUAUAGUUUGUGGAGUGGUUGAAAAACAAGUUUUAAUGACUCCAACCUAAGUGUAUGUAAACUUCCGACUUCAACUGUAGGUCCUGGGUGGUAGGAAGCUUGGCCCCGGUGAUGUAUUGGGCCGUACGCACUACCCUCUGUAGCGCCUUACGGUCAGGUGCCGAGCAGUUGCCUUACCAGGCGGUGAUGCAACCGGUCAAGAUGCUCUCGAUUGUGCAGCUGUAUAACUUUUUGAGGAUCUGGGGACCCAUGCCAAAUCUUUUCAGUCUCCUGAGGGUGAAAAGGUUUUGUCGUGCCCUCUUUACGAAUGUCUUGGUGUGUUUGGACCAUGAUAGAUCAUACAAAAUAUUUUGCGCUGACAAAAUAUUUGUUGGUCUGAUCUCUGAUGUGAUUAAUAAGGAGCAUCCAGACGCUGCACUUGAUGAAUUUAUACAAUUUAUUCUUCCAGUUAUUGAUAAACAUGCACCUGUUAAGAAACUGACUGUUAGAACUGUUAAGGCUCAAUGGAUUGAUGAGGAAUUGAAAAACUGUAUGGUUGAAAGAGAUGGGGCAAAAGGAGUGGCUAAUAAGUCUGGCUGCACAUCUGACUGGCUGACUUACUGCAAAUUGAGAAAUGAUGUGACUAAACUCAACAAAAAGAAGAAGAAACUGUAUUAUGAAGCCAAAAUCAAUGAUAUAAAGAAUGAUGGAAAAAAAACUUUGGAGUACUUUAAAUGAAAUUAUCAGAUGGUUUAUUCAUCACAAAACCAUUUGAUGCUGCCAAUUAUUUUAAUGAUUACUUAAUUGGCAAAGUGGGCAAACUUAGGCAGGAAAUGCCAACAACGAACAGUGAGCCAUUGUACUCAUGUAUAAAAAAAGAAAUAAUGAAAGAAAAGCAUUGCAAGUUUGAAUUUUGUAAAGUUAGUGUGGGAGAGGUGACAAACCUCCUGGCAUUGACAACUUAGAUGGAAAGCUACUGAGAAUGGUAGCUGACUCUGUAGCCACUCCUUUCUGUCAUAUCUUUAAUCUAAGUCUAGAGGAAAGUAUUUGUCCUCAGGCCUGGAGGGAAGACAAAGUCAUUCCUCUACCCAAGAGUGGUAAAGCAGCCUUUACUGGUUCUAACAGCAGACCUAUCAGCUUGCUGCCAGCUCUUAGCAAACUUUUGAAAAAAUGGUGUUUGAUAAAAUACACUGCAAUUCCGUAAACAAAUUAAUAAGAAGUACGGCAAACUAGGGGUGCGCAGCCCAAAACAAGACGGUUCAGAAGUGCUUAUAGAGGAAGGGCACUCCCAACUGUAGCCUCACGACAGAACCAAAUGUCUGACUCCACUGGCUUCCAAUUGAAGCUCGCAUCCGCUACAAGACCAUGGUGCUUGCCUUUGGAGCAGUGAGGGGAACGGCACCCCUGUACCUUCAGGCUCUGAUCAGUCCCUACACCCAAACGAGGACAUUGCGUUCAUCCACCUCUGGCCUGCUGGCUCCCCUUCCUCUGCGGAAGCACAGCUCCCCCUCAGCCCAGUCAAAACUGUUCGCUGCUCUGGCACCCCAAUGGUGGAACAAGCUCCCUCACGACGCCAGGACAGCGGAGUCACUCACCACCUUCCGGAGACAUUUGAAACCCCACCUCUUUAAGGAAUACCUGGGAUAGGCUAAAGUAUUCCUUCUAACCCCCCCCCCCCCCCCCCCCCCCAAAUUGUAAAGUGGUUAUCCCACUGGCUAUAGGGUGAACGCACCAAUUUGUGAGUCGCUCUGGCUAAGAGCGUCUGCUAAAUGACGUUAAUGUGCCCUUGAGCAAGGCACUUAACCCUAAUUGCUCCUGUGGAUUGGUUGAAAGAAAUUGAUAAUAAUACGAUUGUGGGAGCUGUCCUGUUAGAUUUCAGUGCAGCCUUUGACAUUAUUGACCAUAACCUGUUGUUGAGAAAACCUAUGUGUUAUGGCUUUUCAACCUCUGCCAUAUUGUGGAUUCAGAGCUAUCUAUCUAAUAGAACUCAGAGGGUUUUCUUUAGUGGAAGCUUCUCUAAUGUCAAAAAUGUAAAGUGUGUUGUACUGCAGUACAGCUCUCUACAGUCGUGGUCAAAAGUUUUGAGAAUGACACAAGUAUUGUUCUUCACAAAGUUCGCUGCUUCAGUGUUAUGAGAUAUUUUUGUCAGAUGUUACUAUGGUAUACUGAAGUAUAAUUACAAGCAUUCCAUAAGUGUCAAAGGCUUUUAUUGACAAUUACAUUAAGUUUAUGCAAAGAGUCAAUAUUUGCAGUGUUGACCCUUCUUUUUCAAGACCUCUGCAAUCCGCCCUGGCAUGCUGUCAAUGAACUUCUGGGCCACAUCCUGACUGAUGGCAGCCCAUUCUUGCAUAAUCAAUGCUUGCAGUUUGUCAGAAUUUGUGAGUUUUUGUUUGUCCACCCGCCUCUUGAGGAUCGACCACAAAUUCUCAAUGGGAUUAAGGUCUGUGGAGUUUCCUGGCCAUGGACCCAAAAUGUCAAUGUUUUGUUCCCCGAGCCACUUAGUUAUCACUUUUGCCUUAUGGCAAAGUGCUCCAUCAUGCUGGAAAAGGCAUUGGUUGUCACCAAACUGUUCUUGGAUGGUUGGGAGAAGUUGCUCUCGGAGGAUGUGUUGGUACCAUUCUUUAUUCAUGGCUGUGUUCUUAGGCAAAAUUGUGAGUGAGCCCACUCCCUUGGCUGAGAAGCAACCCCACACAUGAAUGGUCUCAGGAUGCUUUACUGUUGGCAUGUUCUCUUCUCCUGCUGACUCCAUGUCUUGGUGUGUGAUUCUGUGGUGAGUGAUUUUGAAGGAGUCAGGCGCAGGAGAGUAAAUCACAGAAUAAAGGUUUAUUCCCAAAACACAGCGGUACGCAGCAAUGCGUCAAACACACUGGAAACAACAAGGCACACGGGUGAAAUAUCCCGGCGAUACAAAAUACAAAGAGCUCCACCGAGCUAAUCUAACCUCCACAAUAAACAAUCACACACAAAGACAAGGGGGCAGAGGGAACACUUAUACAGGUUCUGAUGAGGGGGUAUGAACCAGGUGUGUGUAAUAAACAAGACAAAACAAAUGGAAUGAUGAGAUGAGGAGCAGCAGUGGCUAGAAGGCCGGUGACGACGAACGCCGAAGCCUGCCCGAACAAGGAGAGGAGGCAGCUUCGGAGGAAGUCGUGACACAACCAUAUACGCAUCAGCAACCACAGCUAAUGAAGUCACUGAAACCCUUAACAAAAAGUUGCAGUCUGUUUUGGAAUGGGUGGCUAGUAAUAAACUGGGCCUGAACAUCUCUAAAACUAAGAGCAUUGUAUUUGGUACAAAUCAUUCCCUAAGUUCUAGACCUCAGCUGAAUCUGGUAAUGAAUGGUGUGGCUGUUAAACAAGUUGAGGAGACUAAAUUACUUGGUUUUACUGUAGAUUGUACCAGCACAGAAAAAGUACAAAAAUGUAUCCACUCACUACUGUAAGUCGCUCUGGAUAAGAGCAUCUGCUAAAUGACUAAAAUGUAAAAUGUAAUUGUAAACUGUCAUGGUCAAAACAUAUAGUAGAUGCAAUGGUUGUAAAGAUGGGGAGAGGUCUGUCCGUAAUAAAUAGAUGCUCUGCUUUUAUGACACCACACUCCAAAAAGCAAGUCCUGCAGGCUCUAGUUUUAUAUUGAUUAUUGUCCAGUCGUGUGGUCGAGUGCUACAAGGAAAGACGUAGUUAAGCUGCAGCUGGCCCAGAACAGAGCGGCAUGUCUUGCUCUUCAUUGUAAUCAGAGGGCUGAUAUAAAUACUAUGCAUGCAAGUCUCUCUUGGCUAAGAGUUGAGGAGAGACUGACUACAUCACUUCUUCUUUUUAUAAGAAACAUUAAUGUGUUGAAAAUUCCAAAUUGUUUUCAUAGUCAACUUACACACAGCUCUGACACAAACACUUACCCCACCAGACAUGCCACCAGGGGUCUUUUCACAGUCCCCAAAUCCAGAACAAAUUCAUGAAAGUGUACAGUAUUAUAUAGAGCCAUUAUUCCAUGGAACUCCCUACCAUCUAAUAUUGCUCAAAUGAACAGCAAACCUGGUUUCAAAAAACAGAUAAAGCAACACCUCACGGCACAACGCCUUUCCCCUAUUUGACCUAGAUAGUUUAUGUGUACGUAUUGAUAUGUAGGCUACGUGCGCCAUUUAAAAAUUGAUGUAGUUCUGUCCUUGAGCUGUUCUUGUCUAUUAAUGUUCUGUAUUAUAUCAUGUUUCAUGUUUUGUGUGGACCCCAGGAAGAGUAGCUGCUGCUUUCGCAACAGCUAAUGGGGAUCCUAAUAAAAUACCAAAAUACCAAAUACCAAACAUAAAAAGUGUGAUAUAUACUCAAAUGUACUACUAUGACGAUGACUAUUAUGUGGUGAAAAAUGUCUUCAAACAAAAUGAAUGCACAAUGAAAGGUUUUGAAUAUAAGACUGGCUGCAUUAAAAGUGUUACCAGUUCGAAGUUUUGUACUAAGAGUUUUAAAAAUUCAACAUAUACUUGUGAAAAUAGUACCAAAGCAAUAAAAAAAACAUACAUCUCAGUGUGGCAUGUGUGUGAAUAAGGUAUGUGGUAAUCUCUUGGUGUCCCGAGGCAAGUUUCUGUUUACCUCCUCCACCGUUUCUGUCACUUGAUAAAAUGUGUUUACCUCCUCCUCCUUUCUUUCUUUUAUUUUCUUCCCUUUUCUUUCCACUCCACUUUUUGAGUAUGGAAACCUUGGAAACAUGAAUGAAAAAUACAACUAAACCUAAUCCAGGACUGAGUAAUGUUUCUAACGUGUUAGGUUACUGUCUAUGGCAGUACUGUUUUCUAACGUGUUAGGUUACUGUCUAUGGCAGUAAUGUUUCCAAGCAUGUUAGGUUACUGUGUGUGUUUGUGCAUGCGUGUGCAUGUUUGUAUGUGUUUAUGUGUGUGGGAUUUUUCUGUGAACUCUUCCACCCCUCUCCCUCUCUCUCUGUCUGCGUUCUGCAAAUACUGAAAGUAUCUCUUUACUGGGGAAACCCACCUACUCAGCCCAAUCAGAUUCUUCACUUCUCCAGCAACAAUAUUUGAACAUGCAUGUAGCUCUGCCUGUCUGUGUGUUUGUGUGUGUGUUAAUGUCAAUUUUUGUGAUGGAACAUUUUGUGGAAGUAUGUGUGUUAUUUUUCAUCUGAUGACCUGGGAUACAUGGAUUCUUAAUUUCUUUGUGUUCAAUUAUUGCGCUUGCAUACACAUUAGUGUUUGUGUGGUGAUUGUAUACUUUCGUGAUUGUGUUUGCCUGGGUGUACAUGUGCAGGUGCACAGGACUAUUUCUCAACAGGUAAUUGAACUGGUUGAGUGUCAACAGCUUUAAGCCAUCCACUGAUAGCAGUGACCCACCUCAGGCUUCUCCCAGUGCUUAACCUAGGUGGGGUAGUGAUAACAUGGUUCUCAUUGGGAAAUGUACACAUAAGAACAUAAUUACAAUCUAAGUUUCCAAUGACCAAAUGUGUCUACACUGCACAAAGUCCAUGGUCCAAUUUGAGCUAAACAGAACUCAUACAGUACACUGUGCUUGACUGACACUCAUGUUGUAACUUGUACACCUUGGAUCUAGUUAGUGAUUCGUUAUAUAAGAAUUUCUGAUCCUUGUUUAUUACAUGUUUAUUACUCUCACACAUCCUCACAAUGGCAGGUUGCACAUGUAUGCAAAUGCUGGGCUAUAGCAAAAAUGGGCAUCCCUGUGGGUGUCCAGGACCAGGAUAGAAGGGCACUGGUCUAAUGUAGCACGCUGCUAAGUUAGUGUUCAGGAAUGUCCCUUGACCCUCUGACAAGGUAGAGUCAGUGUGGACUGUCUGGCUCUGUGUGAGUUCACAUUCCUCCAGACUAAAGUCAGCACCUGUGACCCUCUCUCUCUAUCUCUCUCUCUCUCUCUCUCUCUCUCUCUCUCUCUCUCUCUCUCUCUCUCUCUCUCUCUCUCUCUCUCUCUCUCUCUCUCUCUCUCACAUCCAUUCACAGGGAAAUAUUGUGAUGAACCUUAAGAAACUUUGGCAAUGGCAUUCCCCCUAUCAUUUCCCUCUGAACCUAACACUAUUUGAACCCUCGUCCUUCGUCUCUCUCUCUCUCUCUCUCUCUCUCUCUCUCUCUCUCUCUCUCUCUCUCUCUCUCUCUCUCUCUCUCUCUCUCUCUCUUUCUCUCUCUCUCUCUCUCCUUCACAAACACAAUAAAGUGUCUGCUAUCUCUGCUUUAUGAUGUCUGGGCCUGCUCACUGGACUGUUAUCCCACACUAUGCUACUCUCUCCAGAAUCACCUGCUAGCUUUUACUGAUUGCUAUUCCCUGUGUGAAGCGAAUUAACUAGGACAUGUUAACACGCUCUUUGCUCAUGUCUGUGUGACUCCUCACAGUCUCCAGAUUUAAUGCUGAACAGUUAUUUCAGAUAAUUGUGAGAGCACAGGAACACAGCACAUAGACAAGAUGUAAGAAGAGCACAUGAACUAGACAACAUGGUCUAUUUACAGUACCUCUAGUUAGUUAAAGUUCAAUGUCCCAUCAAAUCCAACACAGUAUAUCUUGUUGUUACCGACAUAUCUAUCUGUGAAUCUGUGAAUAAAUAACCUAUUGAUAUAUACAGAAAAAUAUUAAUAGAACAGCAACUACAAUUAAAAAACACACACACGUUAUUAUCUAGAGUUAGCCUCUCUUCCUUCCUCUUUCACUUUUUCUCUCUCUCUCUUUGGACAUCUUGCUUAGAUUUGAUUAGCAAAACAGUCUCAGUUCCAAUGACAUUGAAAGGGGAAAAGGACUGGACUCCUACAGUCCACAAUAAACAAGGCCUAGUGUCUUCCCCAGAGACAGUCAGUCACCGUAUUGAAUGUAGCGCUGGCCUAAAGGGAAUGAGAAGUGAGCGUGAACAAACAACUUAUUAUUCUUAGCACUAACAUGUAUUAUUAUGUAUUAGUCAUAGUCAGAGUUUGAAUUUAAGUUGUGAGCUGAUGUGUUACAUCAAAACUACACAAAAUGCGUCAGUACUUACAACAACAACAACAACAACAUAGGCUAGAGUUUUUAAGUGAAAUCCUUAAAACUGAAGAACUGUCUUUUGCCCUUCUUUCCCCCAGUGAUAUGCUCCGGCACCCAAAAUGCGCUGAGCGUGACAGGAAGUUCACAGAUGCAGUACACACUAAUGAAGGAGAUGUACAGUGGCUGUGAGAUCGUCAUGGGUAACCUGGAGAUCACCAUGAUGGAACACUGGAGGGACUUCACCUUUCUACAGGUGAGGGAAUGAACAGGUGGAUGAAUGGCAACAGGUGUGUGUGUGUGGUCUUGCAUCAGGAGUAUGUAUAAUCUACUCUAGUCAAUAGAAGUCUAUAUAUAGUGCCAACAAUAAACACACAAUCAGACAUGUCAGGCCACACUUCCCUCUUGGGCACAGAGAACAACAACAGAGCUUUUAUCAGUGUGUGUCUCCUGUGGAUGAUGUUACUUUCUCCUGUACACAAUGAGUCCUCUUACAUUCCCCUGUGAAACAUUUAUCAAUGUGGCGCGGCCAUGGUAACUUAUCACAAAGGCAUUAAAACCAGUUAGUUAUCCGUAUACAGAGCCAUAUACUGUAUAUGACUCUGCCAGUAACUAGUUUAACUGUCAUGGUACAGGUGUAGGAUCUUAAUUUGAGCCAGUUUGCUACAGCAGCAAAAUAAUCCUGCAGCAACAGGAAUGUGAAUUAUUAUGUGGAUUAUAAUUAAUGGAAUUUCUUUUGUAGGGGUUGAUAAAUUUUUUGUAAGGGAAAAUCUAGUCUUAAAUUUCAAAGUGGAAAUAACAAACUUCAGAAGCCUUUUUAAACCUCAAAUACACUACAAGUUUUACAUUUCCUGCAUUUCAGGAAAGUUCUCCUGCAACAGGGUGAUCAAAUUAAGAUCCUACAUCUGUACUGUAGUUAGCUAAUGUUAUGGCUGUCAUGGUAAUAAUUGAUGAGUGAGAGAAUAAGAGGGCUGUUGAGAUGUUAUAGUCAAAGUUAUUGAAUCUUAGUAUUUACAGUAAAUACUGAACUUAGAAUGAAGGUGUCAUGCUACCGUACAUGAUCCGCUACAUAAAUGUUCUUUACUCCGCAUACUAGAGGGCUACUUAGGCGCAGGCUUUUGUCCCAGCCCAGUUCUAACACACCUGAUUCAGCAAAUCAAGGUCUUGAUGUGUAGUUGAUUACAGUUUUUUUCAAUUGCUAAAACACAAUUUCUGAAACCUUGCUCCAUUUCCUGAAAACAUUCAACACAAAACCUAAUCUUCAAGCACUAUUUUCAAAACCUCUUGACUUCUCUCGCAAAAUGAAACAUUCGCCUCAAAACAGUUUUACCUGUGUUCAAAAUCAAACACUGCUCUCAAAUCAUAAACAAAGUGAUCAAAAUUAUAUACACUCUCAAGCAGUCAGUAAACAAUACACCAAAAAAUAGAAAACACAUUGUUCAAAACAUACAGUUCUCAGGGAGAAGUACAUUUUUAAUCUCAAAACUAAUUUCAUAUUUUUACGUCAUUGUCUUUUGAUGAACGAAAACAUGUUCUAUCAUAGUAGCUCAAAAUUGAUCAGAAAUUACUACUCUGCUUUGCUCUUUGCAAUUUUGUUUUUUGUUCUUCCUCCUCCUUGUAUCCCUAUUUUUACAGUACUGUACCCUGCAUCUCACAAACUUGUCCUUUGUCUCUGUGAUACUGUAAUUCUUGUUCUUUGUUGAUAUGAACCUGCAACCAGUCAAAAUCUAUUGAGCAGUCAGUGCUGUUGUCACGAUCGUCCAAUGAGGGAGACCAAAGCGCAGCGCGUUGAGCGAACAUGACUUUAAUUGGUAAAGUACACGAAACAAAACAAAACACGAUCGUAAAGUCCACAGUGACAAUGACUGACAAGGAACAAAAACCCACAACCCCAAGGUGAAAACACACAGUAUAAAUAUGGCUCCCAAUCAGAGAUAACGAGCCGACAGCUGACACUCGUUACCUCCGAUUGGGAGUCAUUGACCAAACAUAGAAAACAACAACCUAGACACCCAACAUAGAACAUAAACACAUAGACUGCACACACCCUGGCUCAACAUAAUGAGUCCCAAAACCAGGGUGUGACAGUACCCCCCCCUAAAGGCGCGGACUGCGACCGCGCCUCAAAACCCCCAAAAAGGGGAGGGCUGGGCGGGCAUACCUCCUCGGUGGCGGUUCUGGCUCCGGCCUAGACCACCACCCCACCAUAGUCACUACCCGCUUACGUAGCCUCCUCCAAAUGACCACCCUCCACCUUAACCCCACUAGAUUAAGGGCCAGCACCGGACUAAGGGGCAGCACCAGGAUAAGGAGCAGCACCAGGAUAAGGAGCAGCACCAGGAUAAGGGGCAGCACCGGACUAAGGGGCAGCACCAGGCUAAGGGGCAGCACCGGACUAAGGGGCAGCACCAGGCUAAGGGGCAGCACCGGACUAAGGGGCAGCACCGGACUGAAUGGCGGAUCCUGGCUGGCUGGCUCUGGCGGAUCCUGGCUGGCUGGCGGAUCCUGGCUGGACGGCUCUAGCGGAUCCUGGCUGGACGGCUCUGGCGGAUCCUGGCUGGACGGCUCUGGCGGAUCCUGGCUGGACGGCUCAUGGCUGGCUGACGGAUCUGGCUGCUCAUGGCUGGCUGACGGAUCUGGCUGCUCAUGGCUGGCUGACGGAUCUGGCUGCUCAUGGCUGGCUGAAGGAUCUGGCUGCUCAUGGCUGGCUGACGGAUCUGGCUGCUCAUGGCUGGCUGACGGAUCUGGCUGCUCAUGGCUGGCGGAAGGCUCUGGCUGAUCCUGUCUGGCGGAAGGCUCUGGCUGAUCCUGUCUGGCGGAAGGCUCUGGCUGAUCCUGUCUGGCGGAAGGCUCUAGCGGCUCCUGUCUGGCGGAAGGCUUUAGCGGCUCCGGUCUGGCGGACGGCUCUGAAGGCUCAUGGCAGACGGGCGGCUUAGCAGGCUCAGUACAGACGGGCAGUUCAUGCAGCGCUUGGCCGACGGACAGUUCAGACGGCGUUGGGCAGACGGGCAGUUCAGGCGCCGUUAGGCAGACGGCAGACUCUGGCCGGCCGAGCCGCACAUAAGGCCUAGUGCGUGGUGCCGGAACUGGAGGUACCGGGCUGAGGACACGCAUCUCAGGGCUAGUGCGGGGAGCAGGAACAGGGCAUGCAGGACCCUGGGGACGCACAUAAGGCCUAGUGCGUGGUGCCGGAACUGGUGGUCCCGGGCUGAGGACACGCAUCUCAGGGCUAGUGCGGGGAGCAGGAACAGGGCAUGCUGGACCCUGGGGACGCACAUAAGGCCUAGUGCGUGGUGCCGGAACUGGUGGUCCCGGGCUGAGGACACGCAUCUCAGGGCUAGUGCGGGGAGCAGGAACAGGCCGGGCUGGGCUGGCGAAGCACACCGUAGGCCUUGUGCGAGAGGCAGGAACAGGUCGGACCGGGCUGGAGACGCGCACCGUCCAUUUGGUGCGAGGGGCCGUACCAGGCCGGACCGUACUGGGGACACACACCACUGGCUCUACCCCGGGAACUGGAACGGGCCGGACCGGACUGGAUACACACCUCAGUCUCUCACGCCGUGCCUCUACAUCUCCUUUCCCUCCUUUGACCAGUAGCCCCCAUAACCUGGUGGCCUCUUGAAUUCGCCCCUUCUCUGCCUCCGUUAGCCCCGUCGUCCAUGCCCUGUGCCCCCCCCUAAAAAUUUAUUGGGGGUGCCUCUCGACCGUCCGACGACGACCCUGAUCACGCCGUAGCUCCUCUCUACGGCGCGCCUCCACCGUCUCACUCCAUGGCCGGCGAUCCCUCCCGGCCAGGAUUUCCUCCCAGGUCCAGGACCCCUGCCCGUCCAAGAUCUGCUCCCACGUCCAGGCUGCCUGCUCCUGGACACGCUGCUUGGUCUUGGUAUGGUGGGUUUUUCUGUCACGAUCGUCCAAUGAGGGAGACCAAAGCGCAGCGCGUUGAGCGAACAUUACUUUAUUAAUACAAAGUCUGGAACAAAACAACAAAACAAGAACGAUUCGUGAAGUCCUCUGCAAUACUGACAGAACAUGGAACAAAAACCCACAACCCCAAGGUGAAAACACACAGUAUAAAUAUGGCUCCCAAUCAGAGAUAACGAGCCGACAGCUGACACUCGUUACCUCCGAUUGGGAGUCAUUGACCAAACAUAGAAAACAACAACCUAGACACCCAACAUAGAACAUAAACACAUAGACUGCACACACCCUGGCUCAACAUAAUGAGUCCCAGAACCAGGGUGUGACAGCUGUUAACAAAUGGAAAGCACGAUGUUCAGGGCCAUACAAUUUGUUCAUUGUACAUUAUACAGCCUACAAUGCACUGUACUACAGUAUACAAUACUAAAAGGGACAAAAAUCAAAGGAGUAAACAUGCAAUCAAUGUGCUUCUUCUUGUCUUUGGGCUGGGUCAGGCCAGAGCACUUCGUCGACAUCACAAGCAAUAUUGUCCCUCCUGAGGCAAUGGGGGAAGAAGCAUCUUGUGUGCCGUAUCUAGCCCUGACAUGAUUCCUCACCUAUAUCACCACAGGCUAAAUCCAUGGCUUGCAGCAGAUUUACUCUGGUGUAGGGUUGUCUAUCAUACACUUUCCAUCUCCAAGAGGAGGAAAACUCCUAAAUCGGAUUCAGGAAAGGCGAGUAUGGAGGGAGGCCCAUUGAUGUUAAACCAUUCCCUUACCUGAGCAGCUCGGUGGAAACCGACAUUGUCCCACACUAUCACAUAGGGAUAGGGAUUCUCAUUUAGCUCUUGACCCUGCUGCUCUUGAACCUGCUGCUCAAAUAAAAUAUCUCUUAGAUUGGCAAUAAAUCUUAGAAGGUGCUGGGUGUUAUAUGGCCCGAGUGUAACAUGGUGAUGUAGAACACCAUGGUUGCUGAUAGCAGCACAGAUUGUGACAUUGCCACCUCGUUGACCAGGGACUUCAACAAUGGCCCGCUGUCCAAUCAUGUUUCGGCCUCUCCUUCUCCUCUUUGUUAGAUUGAAGCCUACUUCAUCGACAAAGAUGAACACAUGGGGUCUGUCCAACGAUUCCAAGUCAAAUAUUGUCUGUGUAGAAAUACAAUAUACUGUAUGUAGGAUUUUGUAAGUCGUACAGAGACAGUGCUAUACUGUAGAGUACAAUUAGGCCUACUGUAUGCACUUCUGAUUCACAUACAUUGUAUGUACUGAAGAGUAAUGUCAUUCACAUAGUAUGUGUUAGUACUGUAGACAAUCUGGAUUACAGUAAAUGUUUCUGAAUGUACACUUACUUGCACAUACUGAGCUCGCAGUUCUUUCACCCUUGGUGAGUUGUGCUCAAAAGGUACUCUGUAUACUUGUUUCAUUCGCAUCCUGUUACGAUGGAGGACACAGUCAAUUGUGGAAAUGCUCCCACUGUCGAUUCCCUGGAAGUGUGUGUUGUCUUGUAUCACUCGUUCCUGGAUUUCUAUGAGUCGUAUUGCAUUAUCUUGAAGGACCAUGCUAACUAUAACGUCCUCUUGCUCCCGAGUGAAUAUAGCUGUCCUUCCACCUGCAUGUGGCAGCCUUGCAAUUCUGCAAAAAGUAGUUGUGCAGUUACAAAACAUAUUCAUGCAGUACAAUACAUACAGUGAUUAACUUUAAAGAUGUCUAUUGAAACAGCUGCAUAUAGUGUAGUACAGUAAAUUUGCAAUUACAAAAAUACAGUAGUAUGCUGUACCUGUUCUCUUCUCUGAAUGUCCUUACUAUGGUGGACACAGAAAAUCAGCUCAAAUUGGGUUGCACUCUAAGUCCUGCUUCCUUCAUUGUCAGUCCAUGGACAAGAACAUGGUCUAUGACUGUUGCUCGAAUUUCAUCAGAUAUUUCCACUCUUUGUCUUCCUCUUCCUCUUCGUCCUCCUCUUCUUCUUUCUUGCCCUCCUCCCCCUCUUCCUCCUCGUCGCCCACCUCGCAUACGCACUUGUCCUCGUCCUCUCACAUUGUUUCUUCUAUCCAUUCUCAGACUUUCUCCUUCCCACCUUCAACAACCUGUUUGCUCUCUGAACUGGCUUAUAUUGGUUGUGUCGGAUCAUUUGAAACGGGUUAAAUCAAUUUUGAGUGGUUGUGUUCAAUCAAUGACAUGUGUUCUCUAUUUGUAUUUGAUUGUUGCCACUUGUGUUUACCAGAAUGGAUGACAUGUGCAUUAGAGUGCAGAAUGUGUUUUGAGAUUGAGAAUGUGUUUAAAGUUUUGCUGAAAAGUCUAAGUGAGAUCUGCAAAUUGUAUUUUACCAUGUGAAAUGGUUUAAGGUAUUGACAACAGACUGCAUAAUUAGCUAAAUGAGUCCAGGCAACUGAGAACUUUGUUCAGCCAAUGGGUUUUAGUGUUUUAGCAAUUGAGAAAAACUGUAAAUUGAAUCAAGUGACAAAUGCCUGCUCACACGCAGCCCUCCAAGAUAAGAAAUGAGGAACAUAUCUGUAUCCUGAUUCCGUCUACAGUAACACCUUUUUCUUUACUCUUACUCUUUUCCUCUUUCCUUCUUCCCUGACCUCUCUCCUCCCCUGUAGUCUAUUAGAGAAGUGACGGGCUACAUUCUCAUAGCCAUUAACCAGUUCAGCCGGCUGCCGCUGGACCAGCUCCGUGUCAUCAGAGGCACCACUCUGUACGAGGAUCGCUUUGCUCUGGCUGUCCUCGUCAACUACCAGAAGGACGGCCAACACGGACUGAAGGAGCUGGGCCUCACACACCUCACAGGUACACACACACACAACACACACACACACACACACACACACACACACACACACACACACACACACACACACACACACACACACCCACACCACACACACACACACACACACACACACCCACACACCACACACACACACACACACACAACACACACACACACACAUCCAACACAACACACCACAGCAACUACACUACAUUACAUUACAACAUUACAUCAACACUACAUAAAACAUUAUAUCUGUGGACUGAAAAACCCUUUAAGUGACACACAUCUCAUCAUGACACAACAUGGUCAUUCAUCGGUCCACAUGCCAACUCACCAUACCAACUUCAGUAGCAGGAUUGGGGUCAAUUCCAGUCAAUUCAGGAAGUACAUUGAAAUUCAAAUUUCAAUUCUUAACUGUAGCAUGAGAGAUGAGAGGAGACACUAUAGAGAGAAAUGUGUGCCCGUUUUGAUUUGGUUACUCACCAACGUGUUCUGGCCUGUUAAACUAAUUGUGCUCCUUCCUUUGUGUGUGUGUGUGUGUGUGCGUGUGUGUGUGUGUGUGUGUGUGUGUGUGUGUGUGUGUGGUGUGUGUGUGUGUUGUGUGUGUGUGUGUGUGUGUUCCACAGAGAUACUGGAGGGAGGGGUGCAGAUCAUUCAGAAUAAGUUCCUGAGCUACACCCCUCAGGUGAACUGGCUGGACAUAGUGAAGGAUGGAGACUCUGAGGUCGUCAUCAAUGAGAACGGGCCUGAACGUGAGUACAGCGGGAGGUAGAUGGUAGGACUCACAGAAGUCAAUGAUAUGUAUUCAGAUUAGUGGUAGGACUGCUACUGUAUACGUUCAAUGGUUAGGAUGUUUUUGUAUGAUGUAGCUUUUACGUUUUCUAACAUUUCUGACAUGUUUUUCAGAGCCAUGUGAUGAGGCAUGCGGAGGUCCAUGUUGGGGGCCCAGGAAUGACACCUGCCAGAGCUGUGAGUCACUUUUGACCCCUGGAUCUCAUUUUCUUACAACACUAGAUAGCCUCUCUGUGAUGUAAUGUCCUACAACCAAGUUCAGUCAGCUUGCUUGGCUCAAAGUAUUCUCUCUCUCUCUCUCUCUGUCCCCCCCCAGUGACGAAGACAGUGUGUGCCCCUCAGUGUAAUGGCCGCUGCUUUGGGAGGAGUCCCAGUGAGUGCUGUCAUAUGGAGUGUGCAGGAGGUUGCACCGGACCACUGGACACCAACUGCUUUGUGAGUUUGCUAUACACACAAACACACCGCAAAGAAGUGUUAAAAGUAGUUCUGACAGUCAUUGCAUAAAAAUUAAUGGGUUAAAACUAUACUACUAAGCAAUGCAUACAGUAUCAUAUAACUGUGUAUUUUCUAUCCAGGCCUGCCGUAACUUCAACAACUCAGGCUCCUGUGUACCCCAGUGUCCCCAGACCCUCAUCUACAACAAGCACACCUUCAAACUGGAGCCCAACCCCAGCGCCAAGUAUCAGUACGGCUCCAUCUGCGUGGCCCAGUGCCCCAGUGAGUCCACACACAGCAUGCUCUACCCACUUCACCUCACCGAUCAACUCCUGGCCAUAACCAUGACCAUCAUGUCCCACUCAUUGUCCUCAUUCAAUCUAUCAAUUUUCUAGCAUGGUCCAAUCUUCCUGUGGAUUUCCCUGUGGAUUUUAAUUAUUUGUUUUUCUCCCUUUACCUGUCGCUCUGCCCCACUCUUUCUCUCUCCCAUUACAUUCCUCCUCAGCUAAUUUUGUGGUGGACGGGAGCUCGUGUGUGAGCAGCUGCCCUUCUUAUAAGAUGGAGAUGGAGAAGAAAGGAGUGAAGAGGUGUGAGCCCUGUGGAGGCCUCUGUCCCAAAGGUACCCGCCUGUCCAGUGCCCACACAUACACCCCUCAACUAUCAUUGCUUUGUAGAGAGUCUUCUACUCCAUCAACCUGCCCUUAUCACUCAUGUAGUGAAACUUUAGCUUUAUUAAUUAUUUUCUCUCUUCUUCUCCUCUCUUCUACUUUCUUCUAUUCUCUUCUACUUUCUUCUCUUCAACUAUUCUCUCCUCUCUCCUCUCCUCUCCUCUCCUCUCCUCUCCUCUCCUCUCCUCUCCUCUUCCUUCUCUUCUCUUCUCUUCUCUUCUCUUCUCUUCUCUUCCUUCUCCUUCUCUUCUCUUCUCUUCUCUUCUCUUCUCUUCUCUUCUCUUCUCUUCUCUUCUCUUCUCUUCUCUUCUCUUCUCUUCUCUUCUCUUCUCUUCUCUUCUCUCCUCUCCUCUCCUCUCCUCUCCUCUCCUCUUCUCUCCUCUCUAGCUUGUCAAGGAACAGGCACAGCCUCCAGACAGACAGUGGACUCUCAGAACAUUGACAGUUUCCUCAACUGCACCAAGAUCCAGGGUAGCCUGCACUUCCUGAUCACCGGGAUUAAAGGGUGAGUGACAGCAGCAAUAUCCUAUCAAAAUGGCAUGGCCUGGGGUAUUCUAGCUGCCUCUGGAGCACAUGUACGAUGUAUUGCUACCAGCAUAGGUUCCAAUCUGGCCCAAUGCUUUUUCAGCACUCUCUCCUACCUUUCACCUCUAUCUCUUUCUAUCCAAUAAACAUACAAAAUACCUAAAUAUAUAAAUAUACCUACUCAUUCUAGGGUUUUUCUUUAUUUUUACUAUUUUCUACAUUGUAGAAUAAUAGUGAAGACAUCAAAACUAUGAAAUAACAGAUAUGUAAUCAUGCAGUAACCAAAAAAGUGUUAAACAAAUCAAAACAUAUUUUAUAUUUCAGAUUCUUCAAAUAGCCACCCUUUGCCUUGAUAACAGCUUUGCCCACUCUUGGCAUUCUCUCAACCAGCUUCACCUGGAAUGCUUUUCCAACAGUCUUGAAGGAGUUCCCACAUAUGCUGAGCACUUGUUGGCUGCUUUUCCUUCACUCUGCCGUCCGACUCAUCCCAAACCAUCUCAAUUGGGUUGAGGUCGGGGGAUUGUGGAGGCCAGGUCAUCUGAUGCAUCACUCCAUUACUCUCCUUCUUGGUAAAAUAGCCCUUACACAGCCUGGAGGUGUGUUGAGUCAUUGUCCUGUUGAAAAACAAAUGAUAGUCCCACUAAGCCCAAACCAGAUGGGAUGGCAUGGCGUAUCGCUGCAGAAUGCUGUGGUAGCCAUGCUGGUUAAGUGUGCCUUGAAUUCUAAAUAAAUCACAGACAGUGUCACCAGCAAAGCACCCCCACACCAUAACACCUCCUCUUCCAUGCUUUACGGUGGGAAAUACGUUCACCCACACCGCAUCUCACAAAAACACGGCGGUUGGAACAGAAAUCUCAAAUUUCGACUCCAGACCAAAGGACACAUUACCACCGGUCUAAUGUCCAUUGCUCGUGUUUCUUGGCCCAAGCAGGUCUCUUCUUCUUAUUGGUGUCCUUUAGUAGUGGUUUCUUUGCAGCAAUUCGACCAUGAAGUCCUGAUUCACACAGUCCCCUCUGAACAGUUGAUGUUGAGAUAUGUCUGUGACUUGAACUCUGUGAAGCAUUUAUUUGGGCUGCAGUUUCUGAGGCUGGUAACUAAUGAACUUAUCCUCUGCAGCAGAGGUAACUCUGGGUCUUCCAUUCCUGUGGCGGUCCUCAUGAGAGGCAAUUUCAUCAUAGCGCUUGAUGGUUUUUGCGACUGCAUUUGAAGACUGACUGACCUUCAUGUCUUAAAGUAAUGAUGGACUGUUGUUUCUCUUGAGUUAUUUGAGCUGUUCUUGCCAUAAUAUGGACUUGGUCUUUUACCAAAUAGGGCUAUCUUCUGUGUACCCCCCCUACCUUGUCACAUCACAACUGAUUGGCUCAAACGCAUUAAGAAGGAAAGAAAUUCCACAAAUUAACUUUUAAGAAGGCACACCUGUUCAUUGAAAUGCAUUCCAGGUGACUACGUCAUGAAGCUGGUUGAGAGAAUGCCAAGAGUGUGCAAAGCUGUCAUCAAGGCAACGGGUGGUUAUUUGAAGAAUCUCAAAUAUAAAAUAUAUUUUGAUGUGUUUAACACUUUUUUGUUUACUACAUGUCUUCACUGUUAUUAUACAAUGUAAAAAAUAGUAAAAAUAAAGAAAAACCCUUGAAUGAGUAGGUGUGUCCAAACUUUUGACUGGUACUGUAUAUAUAUUCAAAAUGGCACAGUAAUGUAAACUUGAUGUGUUCACUUUUCAAUGGUCCUCACUAGUUCUGUUGGUUGAUCUUCUAUACACAGUGAUCCCUACAACAACAUCACAGCUUUGGACCCAGAGAAACUGAAGAUCUUCAGAACUGUGAGAGAGAUCACAGGUGUGUGUGUGUGUGCUUGUGUGUGUGUAUGUGUGUGUUGAAGUUUCAAGUGCAUGUGUCUGUUUAGUGGUAGCAGUGUGAGUGAUAUGAUGUAUCCGUGUUUGGAAGGUGUUGUGUGUUUUAACACCUUCUGCGGUUGCCAGACAUUCUGAGUAUCCAGUCGUGGCCUGAAACUCUGACUGACCUGUCGGUGUUUUCCAACUUGGCAACCAUACAAGGAAGAACCCUCUACAGGUGAUCAUCUAUCUGUCUGUCUUUCUCACUCGCUGACAUUAUACUUGUGUUUCUGUCUCUCUGCACUUAAAAAAAAUAUUUUUCACUUUCUACAGUAUGUGUCCACUGAACCCAUUUCCAUCUCCAUCUGUGCUUAACUGCAUUGUAGACAUGCAUGCAUAGACUGACCUGUUGUGUCUUGUCACCGCUUUAUCUCUCAUCCCCUGCUCUGCUCCUCUCUCUCUCUCUCUCUCUCUCUCUCUCUCUCUCUCUCUCUCUCUCUCGUUCUCUUCUCCUCUCGGUCUCUUCUUCUCUCUCUCUCUCCUCUCUGUCUCUCUCUCGGUCUCUUCUGUCUCUCCUCUCUCUCUCUCUCUCUCUCUCUCUCUCUCCUCUCUCUCUCUCUCUCUCUUCUCUCUUCUCUCUCUCCUCUCUCUCUCUCUCUCUCUCUCAUUUGUUCCAUCAGAGGAGGGCACUCUAAAAGGUAUAGUAGUGUGUGUGACAGCUGUUUUACUAAUCUACCUGACUACUAAUCUUCCUGAUACUGUGUGAACUGAUAAAACAACUUCAUACUCAGACAAUGCUAAACAAAACAAAAAUCCUUGGAAUUGGUUACGAGUUGUCUUGAACUGCAUGAGAAGUGUCUCAGCUGGUGGUGGGUGGGGGAUUUUACUGUACAUUGAGCUAUAAUGUAACCACAAUCCUCAUGAUUGUAUUUUGAACUUGAUCAUACCAUAUUAUGACCAUCAGUGGCAGUCAGCGCCGUUUAAGAUGAGGGAGGACCAUUUUUUUUCUCAUGAGCAUGGCCUUAUUUCUAUUACAGCAUAUUGGAUGACUCUCAUUCAUAUUCCAUUCACCCAGUUCAAUGUAACAGCGAUAGGUUUAGGCUACUACAUGAUACAAAACAUUUCCCUAUACCCAUCAUGAGGCUGCUACAACCUAGCCUAUCAAUGAAAGUUUACAACGUAGGUGCACACAGGUCGAGACACAAAUUUGAGGGUGUAAUCAUUAGUCCAACAGUUGCAAACAAGAGUUUCUAUUGGACAAAUUCAGGUAUGUUUAUCCCCGUUUUGUUCCGUUUGCUUCCGUUUAAGAAAUGUUUUUCAACAGAAUCGGCGGAAUGAAUAUACCCCUGAUCACUCGUAAACAGAGUUCACUCUCAUAACAGCCAUGUUGUAUUCAUUCUCUUCCCUUCGCUUGUGGACUUCAAUGCACAAGAAAUCAGCUGUAUGUGACCAGGCUAAAAAAUAUUUCCAAGCCAAACCUCUACAAACAGCCUACAUCGUUGUCACCAUAAGCUAAAGUAACAUCAUAGUCAGCAUAGCUAAUAGAACUAACGCGUUAGUAAACCAGCUACAAUCAUGCAGUAAUAUUAGUGUACAGUCAGUAAGCAGUUACACCGGCAGGCCCCGGUGGCAAUAAAUUAGUUAUAUCAAAAGCUUACCUUGACUUGGAAGAGUUCCAGUGUUGUGUUGGAAAGUCAUAGCCAGCUAGCUAACAUAGCAUCCCUCUGUUUGAGCAGGGUGUUUCAGUAGGCUAAACUAGCUACCUGCAUUUGCUAGCUAAGUAAGUGAAACUGAAAGUGAAAAAAAAUCUGGAAAUCUCUCUCUCUCUAUUUCUCUCUAGCUUCUCCUUCAUUUAGGAAGAAAUUAAUUUGUUCAAAACUGUUCAACUAUUGUCUUUCUCUCUCUUUGAGUCAACUACUCACCACAUCUUAUACACUGCAGUGCUAGCUAUCUGUAGCUUAUGCUUCCAGUACUAUAUUAAUUCUCUGAUCCUUUGAUUGGGUGGACAACAUGUCAGUUCAUGCUGCAAGAGUUCAGAUAGGUUGGAGGAUGUCCUCCGGAAGUUGUCAUAAUUACUGUGUAAGUCUAUAGAAGGGGGUGAGAGCCAUGAGCCUCCUAGGUUUUGUGUUGGAGUCUAUGUACCCAGAAGAGGACAGAAGCUAGCUGUCCUCCGGCUACGCCAUGGUGCUACCCUACAGAGUGCUGUUGAGGCUACUGUAGACCUUCUUUGCAAAAUAGUGUGUUUUAAUCAAUUAUUUGGUGACAGAUUUAUUUAGUAUAGUUUUAUCUAAAAGGAUAACUUUUUUUAUGUUUUACAAUUUAAAUUGUUAUGAAAUUCACUGAGGAGGAUGGUCCUCCCCUUCCUCCUCUGAGGAGCCUCCACUGAUGACCACAUUGGGUAUUAGGAGUCUCAACCACAAUAACAUAUGAAUUGCCUACAUAAUAACAAAACACACAUUUUCUGUCUACAUGUAGACAAUUAAUUCAUGUUUGGGAGCAGCAAUGCCGUAUGUGGGAUUCAUUUAUCAAUCAAUCAAUCAAUCAAUUUUAUUUUAUAUAGCCCUUCUUACAUCAGCUAAUAUCUCGAAGUGCUGUACAGAAACCCAGCCUAAAACCCCAAACAGCUAGUAAUGCAGGUGUAGAAGCAUUUACUUAUCUGUCCUGACUCGAUUGAUGUUCCCAGCUCCAAUAUACGUUUCUACAUAUUUUUUCUGAAAUAUCCUCCAUUCUCUCGACCUUAAUGGUUCUCUCGGCUCUCUCCUCCUGUCAUCUCGCUGCCUCUCUAUCUCUCUGCCCUGCUCCUCUUCCUCCUCCUGCAUUCUUCCCUCCUCCCUAUUCUUCAGGGGCUACUCCCUGCUAGUGAUGCGUAUCCCGUCACUGACCUCUCUGGGGCUGCGCUCACUGCAGAGCAUCAAUGACGGCGGCGUCUACAUCACAGGAAACAGGAAGCUAUGCUACCACCACACUGUCAACUGGACACGCCUCUUCAGUAGCAGCUCCCGCCCACAGCGCCACCAGAAGAACAUCGACGUCAAGGACAACCGGCCCCAGAGCCAGUGUGGUGAGACGGGGGAGAGAGCGGGUGAAAUCUUCAAAAUCAUUAAGUAAAUAUGGCGGGUACACUAGUGAAGUACUAAUAGUUUUUUGCAUAUUUGUUUGUUUGUGUGUGUGUGUAGUUGAGGAGGGGCACAUGUGUGACCCCCUGUGUUCGUUGGAGGGGUGUUGGGGUCCUGGGCCGGACCAGUGUCUAUCCUGUAAGAACUACAGCCGGGGGGAAACCUGUGUCAAUCAGUGCAGAUUUCUCACCGGGUCAGUACUCAUUCAAAACAAUGCAUCUUUAUUAUAAUGUAGAUUUGUCAGUAUCUCAAUGUGUAUGUGACUAUGUGUUUAACCUAUUUUUCAAUCUCAAUCUCUCUGCUUUUCUCCAGGAAGGGGCGUGAGUUUACAGGUCCGAAGGGCGAGUGUAUGCCCUGUCACUCUGAGUGUGAGGUCCAGGAGGGACAGCCCACCUGCAUAGGACUGGUAUGCUCACCUCUGACAUCUGCCCAUGACCUCUCUCAAAGCAUCUUAAAAGGACAGUUCAAUGAGCUCAGUGAUCAGUUGAAAAGUGUCUCUCAAAAUUCUCAGGACUAUCUGAAAUGUAGUGCUUCACUGCCACCUUGUGGAGGAUAUUUUGGACCACAAUUACAUGGAUAUUGUCAACUGUCUCCAUCUCUCUCCAUCUCUCUAUCCCUCUCUACCUCUCUCUCUCCCUCUCUCUCGCCUUCUCACUCUCGCUCGCUCUCGUUCUUUCUUUCUUUCUCUCUCUCACUCUCUCUCGCUUUCUCUCUGCAGGGAGCUAAUGAGUGUGUGGUGUGUGCCAGUCUGAGGGACGGUCCCCACUGUGUGUCCUCGUGCCCUGAAGGAGUGAUGGGGGAGAAGGGUCUCAUCUUUAAAUACCCCAACCAGCAGAGACGCUGUGAGCCCUGCCACCUCAACUGCACCCAGGGGUGAGAGACGAGUUCGAGAAUGGGGGAGUGUGUGUGUGUGUGUGUGUGUGUGUGUGUGUGUGUGAGAGUGUGUGUGUGUGCAUGUGUGUGUGUUAAAUAUCUCUCUGCUCUGUGUUUUCAGUUGCUCAGGCACAGGAAUUGGGGACUGUUUGGACUCCUCCAGAUUAGCUGAUGGGUGAGUGUAGUCUUUAUAUUUUUUCUACCUGUGAUUGACAAACUGAUUUCUCCUCACUUUAAUGACAAUUAAAGUGUGUGCUGUGUUGUUUAGUCUAGAACAUAGCAUUAUUCGUUAUUGUAUAUCAGGUGCUGAUUGGCUGAUACCUGUGUCUCCUUCCAGCCAAUCCAUUACAGGUAUCGUUUUGGGAGUUUUGGCAGCAUUGAUAGUGGGUUUCUCCAUCUUUGUGAUGAGUGUUCUGUACCGCCGAGGUCUUGCCAUCCGGCGCAAGAGAGCAAUGAGGAGAUACCUGGAGAGUGGAGAGGUGAGGUGGGAGGGGAUGGUGUGUGUGUGUGUGUGUGUGUGUGUGUGUGAGAAAGAGAGCGAGAGCGAGAGAGAGAUAAUUAGGAUCUCUUAAUAAGAGUAUGUGUAGUCUAUUGUCUUGAUAUGUGUUGAUAUUAACUGUGUGCAUGACGUGUGUGUGUGUCUGUAGAGCUUUGAGCCAUUGGACCCUGGUGAGAAGGUGGUCAAAGUUCAUGCCAGGAUCCUGAAGGUCACGGAGCUCCGUAAGAUUAAGCUACUGGGCACCGGUGUGUUUGGGUCCGUCCACAAGGUGCUUACAUCAUCUGUCACCCUCUUAAAGCCCUAUUAUCAUUAUCACCCUACACCUCUCUGAUGUUCCCACCAUUUACCAUAGGCCCUACAUGUAUUGUGCUACUUACCUUACUUGUCUUUGUUUCAUUGUGAGGUAACCCCUCUCCCCCUCUCUUUUCUGCCAUAUUUCUCAGGGCAUUUGGAUUCCUGAGGGAGACUCAGUGAAGAUCCCCGUGGCCAUAAAGACUAUUCAUGAUCAAAUGGGGCAAAAUACUUUCCAUGAGAUCACAGAGGUAAGAAAACACUCUCACACACCCACUCUCAAAACCCCCUGCCCCUUAAAAGCAUACUGACCUGAUACCCACUUAUCUUGACUCUUGCUGCACCCCAACGACAUUCAUCACUGUUGCAGUUGUUAAUAUGUAUAUUAUUACUUUUUUUUAUUUUAUUAAAAUGUUUAUUGUUUUUAUUUCACUCAAUGGUCAUGCUGCUGUUCCCCUAUGGUCAUCCCCCCACCCCCUCAACAGUCUUUACUCUGCCUCCACCCCAAUGGACAUUUAUUUAUUCAUCACACCUACAGUUGUUAUGAUGUACCGUACUGUAUAUAGUGCUAUUUCUAUUUCUAUUGUUGUUUUUUAUUACCAUUUUCAUUAUUGUAUUUCACUUAGUCCUGCAUGUUGGAGCUCGAGGCCUAAGAUUUUCACUGUAACCUGCAAUCACACCUGCAACCCUGUACAUGUAACUAUUAAACACUGAAUCGCUGAAAAAAAUACAGAAUCUGUUACUAAUGCUGUUUGAUUUUUUUCUGAUAAUCUCUGCAGCACAUGUUGGUGAUGGGUAGCUUGGACCACCAGUACAUCGUCAGGCUCUUAGGUGUCUGUCCAGGUGCUAGUCUCCAGCUGGUCACCCAGCUCAGCAAUCAGGGGUCCUUAUUGGAGCACAUCAGGCACCACAGGGACAGCCUGGACCCACAAAGGCUGCUCAACUGGUGUGUGCAGAUUGCCAAGGUGAGACACCCUGUGUGUGUGUAUGUGUAUGUAUGUAUGUAUGUAUGUAUGUAUGUAUGUAUGUAUGUAUGUAUGUAUGUACAGUUGAAGUCGGAAGUUUACAUACACUUAGGUUGGUCAUUAAAACUUGUUUUUCAACCACUCCACAAAUUUCUUGUUAACAAACUAUAGUUUUGGCAAGUCGGUUAGGACAUCUACUUUGUGCAUGACACAAGUAAUUUUUCCAACAAUUGUUUCCAUACAGAUUAUUUCACUUAUAAUUCACUGUAUCACAAUUCCAGUGGGUCAGAAGUUUACAUACACCAAGUUGACUUGGAAAAUUCCAGAAAAUUAUGUCAUGGCUUUAGAAGCUUCUGAUAGGCUAAUUGACAUCAUUUGAGUCAAUUGGAGGUGUACCUGUGGAUGUAUUUCAAGGCCUACCUUCAAACUCAGUGCCUCUUUGCUUGACAUCAUGGGAAAAUCAAAAGAAAUCAGCCAAGACCUCAGAAAAAACAUUGUAGACCUCCACAAGUCUGGUUCAUCCUUGGGAGCAAUUUCCAAACUCCUGAAGGUACCACGUUCAUCUGUACAAACAAUAGUACGCAAGUAUAAACACCAUGGGACCACGCAGCCGUCAUACCGCUCAGGAAGGAGACGCGUUCUGUCUCCUAGAGAUUAACGUACUUUGGUGCGAAAAGUGCAAAUCAAUCCCAGAACAACAGCAAAGGACCUUGUGAAGAUGCUGGAGGAAACAGGUACAAAAGUAUCUAUAUCCACAGUAAAACGAGUCCUAUAUCGACAUAAGCUGAAAGGCCGCUCAACAAGGAAGAAGCCACUGCUCCAAAACUGCCAUAAAAAUGCCAGACUACGGUUUGCAACUGCACAUGGGGACAAAAAUCAUACUUUUUGGAGAACUGUCCUCUGGUCUGAUGAAACAAAAAUAUAAAUAAAUAAUGAUCUCUACUAUUAUUCUGACAUUUCACAUUCUUAAAAUAAAGUGGUGAUCCUAACUGACCUAAAACAGGGAAUUCUUACUAGGAUUAAAUAUCAGGAAUUGUGAAAAACAGAGUUUAAAUGUAUUUGGCUAAGGUGUAUGUAAACUUCAGACUUCAACUGUAUGUGUGUGUGCGUGUGUGUGGUUGUGUGUGUGCGUGUGUGUGGUUGUGUGUGUGUGUGUGGGUGGGUGACUGAGUGGUUGGGUGAGUGGGAGAGCGGGUGAGUGGGUGAGCAGGUGAGUGAUUAUGUACAGUGCCUUCAGAAAGCAUUCACACCACUUGACUUGUUCCACAUUUUGUUGUUACAGCCUGAAUUUUUUACAAAUGAAUUAAAAGUGAAACGCUGAUAUGUCUUGGGUCAAUAAGUAUUCAACCCCUUUGUUAUGGCAAGCAUAAAAAUGUACAGGAGUAAAAUUUGCUUAACAAGUCACAUAAUAAGUUGCAUGAACUCACACUGUGUGCAAUAAUAGUAGUUAACAUGAUUUUUUAAUGACUACCUCAUCUCUGUACCCCGCACAUACAGUUCUCUGUAAGGUCCCUCAGUCGAGAAGUACAUUUCAAGCACAGAUUCAACCACAAAGAACAGGGAGGUUUUCCAAUGCCUCGCAAAGAAGGGCAACUAUUGGUAGAUGGGUAAAAAAAAAUGUAUAUAUAUCAAUUACGCUUUGGAUGGUGUAUCAAUACAACCAGUCACACAAAAAUUCAGGCGUCCUUCCUAACUCAGUUGCCGGAGAGGAAGGAAACCGCUCUUGGAUUUCACCAUGAGGCCAAUGGUGAUUUUAAAACAGUUACAGAGUUAAACGGCUGUGAUAACUAAGGAAGGAUCAAUAACAUUGUAGUUACUUCACAAUACUAACCUAAAUGACAGAGUGAAAAGAAGGAAGCCUGUACAGAAUAAAAAUAUUCCAAAACAUGCAUCCUGUUUGCAAUAAGGCACUAAAGUAAUACUGCAAAAAAUGGGGCCAAGAAAUGAACUUUUUGUCCUGAAUACAAAGCGUUAUGUUUGGGGCAAAUGCAACACAACAUCACUGAGUACCACUCUUCAUAUUUUCAAGCAUGGUGGUGGCUGCAUCAUUUUAUGGGUAUGCUUCAGAGGAAUAAUGUAUGUUAGUAUUACUUGAUUGCGAGAAAUUUCAAUAGUUUUUAAUGGUAUGCUGGGAAGGUUGUAUUUAUUGAUAAACUAGGGACUAGGACUAGGGAGUUAUUUAGGAUGAAAAGAAACGGAAUAGAGCUAAGCAGAGGCAAAAUCCUAGAGGAAAACCUUGUUCAGUCUGCUUUACACCAGACAUUGGGAGACAAAUUCACCUUUCAGCAGGACAAUACCCUAAAACACAAGGCCAAAUAUACACUGGAGUUGCUUACCAAGAUGACAUUGAAUGUUCCUGAGUGGGCUAGUUAUAGUUUUGACUUAAAUCGGCUUGAAGGUCUAUGGCAAGACUUGAAAAUGGCUGUCUAGCAAUGCUCAACUACCAACUUAACAGAGCUUGAAGGAUUUUAAAAUGAAAUAUGGGCAAAUAUUGUACAAUCCAGGUAUGUAAAGCUCUUAGAGACUUCAAAAACACUCACAGCUGUAACCGCUGCCAAAGGUAAUUCUAAUAAUUGAAUUUUUCUUCCACUUUGACAUUACAGAGGAUUGUGUGUGGAUCAUUGACAAAGAAAAAAGACAAAUACAUUUUAAUCCCACUUUGUAAUUUAACAAAAUUUGUACAAUGUCAAGUGUGUGAAUACUUUCUGAAGGCACUGUAUAUGACAGAAGUGUGUGUGAUGGUGUGUAUGUGAUAAAAGUGUGUGUGUGAUUGUGUAUGUGACCGAGGUGUGUGUGCUCUCCCUGUCAGGGUAUGUACUAUCUGGAGGAACACAGGAUGGUCCACAGAAACCUGGCAGCCCGUAACGUGCUCCUGAAAAGUGACUACAUGGUCCAGAUCUCUGACUACGGCAUCACAGACCUGCUCUACCCUGACGACAAAAAGUACUUCUACAAUGAGGUGAAGGUGUGUUGGCUUCCUGGUUAGAUCACAUGGUCCGGAAAAACUAGCCAUGGACAAUGUCUCAGCCUACUAUUUUAUCUUCUGCUCAAAAUUGGCUAGAAGCAUCUGCUGUCAUUUGUCUUAAGUGAGAUGUUGACUAGAUACAUGCCCUGUUUCUAUACGUGUUUUGUAUUGCUGCCAUGAACACUAACUAAUAUAUGUUUUUUUCCAGUGGCCACAGGCUUUGAACUGGGUGUAAUUCAUGGUGACAUAGUUCCCUGUCUUGUCUCUCUCACCACAGACGCCCAUAAAAUGGAUGGCUCUGGAGAGCAUCUUGUUCCGCAGAUACACACAUCAAAGUGAUGUCUGGAGCUAUGGUGAGUCACUGUGUGUGGGGGGAGGGGGGGGGGGGGGUGUUUCAUGUGCUUUUAUAGAGUUUUAUAUCUACGGAAAGUAAAUUGAAAGUACUUGUGUGUAUGUUGAGUUACCUUGAUUUUAUAGUGUAUAUUAUAUUUCUCCGUCUUGCAGGAGUGACAGUGUGGGAGAUGAUGUCAUACGGGGUGGAGCCCUACUCGACGAUGCGUCCACAGGAUGUGCCAGACCUGCUGGAGAAGGGCGAGCGUCUCUCCCAGCCACCCAUCUGCACCAUAGAUGUCUACAUGGUCAUGGUCAAGUGUGAGUGAGCAUCCUCUCUCCUUCACCCUAAAUACCAAUAUACCUAGCUAUCCCUCUACCCACUCUGCCCAAGAAACGCUCCAUUCAGUUUAGGAGUCUGAAAACAAUAAACACUGGCCAGCUCACUGAAUUAAUCUCCUACCUGCCAGUUACUGACUCUGUGGCUCAAUAAAACACUGCCUUGACCUCCAUAUUGGAUGAAGUUGCUCCUUUGAAAACCUGCAUGGUGUCUUUCUUCAAUUCUUCUCCCUGGUACACUGAAGAUCUACGCUCUCUCAAAGCAACUGGCCAUCAUCUAUAAGAAAACUGGGCUAAUUGUACAUGCGCAGAUGUAUGAACAACAUCAUGAAGAAUACAAACAGGCUUUAAAUGCAGCUCGGACAUCCUACUACUCCCAACUGAUCAGCAACGGCAAUGGUAACUCCUGGGUGCUGAUCUCUACUGUGAGCAAGCUCCCCCAACCUGUCAACAAUUAUUCUACCUCAGCCUCCUCAGAAAGGUGCAAUCAAUACCUGUGCUUCUACCCAAGCAAAAUUGAAAACAUGAAUAACACCAUCCUGUCUUCUCCAGCCCCGGUAGUUGAGCUACCCAGUCCUACGCUCCCUAGAUUAAGGUUAUCCACCUUCACCACUGCAGCUGAUGUAAUCAAGCUGGUUAGGACAAUGAAGCCCACCACUUGCUCACUCGACCCUAUCCCCACCUCCCUUGUCACGACCUGCUUACCUGCUCUGGAACAUUUCUUCACAGAAAUAAUCAACAAGUCUCUCAUCACUGGAUGUUUCCCUCCUCAGUUCAAACUGGCAGCUGUCACACCAGUACUUAAAAAGCCUGGAUCUGACCCUGCCAACCUCCAGAACUACAGGCCUAUUUCCAACCUGCCCUUCCUGAGUAAGCUCCUCGAACGUGCUGUUUCUAGCCAACUCCAAAACCAUCUGGCCACUCACAAACUACUUGAGCCCUUCCAGUUGGGUUUCAGAGCUAGACACAGCACUGAGACUGCCCUGAAUGCUGACUCUGGGGCUGCCAGCAUCCUCAUACUGCUGGACCUCAGCACAGCAUUCAACACGGUCAGCCACGCCAUCCUGCUGAAUCGUAUGGAGAAGCCCUUGGGCCUGUCAGACACUGUCCUGGACUUGUUCAGGUCGUAUCUCACUGAUCGCUACCAGUUUGUAGCCAUCGGUCCAAUUAGGUCACACACAGUUGUGGUCCAACAAGGGGUCCCUCAAGUCCUGGGGCCACUACUGUUUUGUAUCUACAUGCUGCCACUGGGAAACAUCUUGAGGAAACACGGACUGGGCUUUCACUCUUUUGCUGAUGAUACUCCACAAACAUUGACACCAUAGCAUUUGUAACUUGAAUCUGAUAAUUAUCUGUACAAAACAGUUAAUCUGAUAAUAUUUGAGGUGGACAAUUAUUUAAGAUACUGUUUGAAGAGGUAGGGUUUCAGAUGUUUUGGAAGAUGGGCAGGGACUCUGCUGUCCUAGCUUCAGGGGGAAGCUGGUUCCACCAUUUGGGGUGCCAGGACAGAGAAGAGCUUGGACUGGGCUGAGCGGGAGCUUCCCUCCCUUUGGGGUGGGAGGGCCAAGAGACCUGAGGUGGCAGAACGGAGUGCUAGGGUUGGGGUGUAGGGUUUGAGCAUAUCCUGAAGGUAGGGAGGGGCAGUUCCUCUUGCUGUUCCGUAGGUAAACACCAUGGUCUUGUAGUGGAUGCGAGCUUCGACUGCAAGCCAGUGGAGUGUAUGGAGGAGUUGGGUGACAUGAGAGAACAUUGGAAGGUUGAAAACCAGGCGGGUUACAGCGUUCUGGAUAAGUUGCAGGGGUUUGAUGGCACAAGCGGGGAGCCCAGACAACAGCGAGUUGCAGUAGUCCAGACGGGAGAGGACAAGUGCCUGGAUUAGGACCUGCGCCGCUUCAUGUGUGAGGUAGGGUCAUACUCUACAGAUGUUGUAGAGCAUGAACCUGCAGGAGCAGGUCAAUGCUUGGAUGUUUGCAGAGAACGACAGGGUGUUGUCCAGGAUCACGCUAAGCGUCUUUGCACUCUGAGAAGGCAACACUGUAGUGUUGUCAACCUUGAUGGAGAGGUCUUUGAGCGGGGAGGCCUUCCUCGGGAGGAAGAGCAGUUCCAUCUUGUCGAGAUUGAGCUUUAGGUGGUGGGCCGACAUCCAAGUUGAGAUAUCUGCCAGGCACGCAGAGAUGCGUGUCGCCACCUGGGUGUCAGAAGGGGGGAAGGAGAAAGGUAGUUGAGUGUCAUCCGCAUAGCAAUGAUAGAAGACACCAUGUGAGGAUAUGACGGAGCCGAGUGACUUGGUGUAUAGAGAGAAGAGGAGAGGGCCUAGAACCGAGCCCUGGGGGACACCAGUAGUGAGAGUACGUGGUGCAGACACAGAUCCCCCUCCACGUCACCUCGUAGAGUAGUUCUGUGUGAGUGAGAUCAGUGGACUCAAUAGGCUGAGUGAAUGAGUAGUGGAUGUCGUCACCCUUUUUUUCAAAGUGGUUGACAAGUCGUCCGCAGAGAGAGAGGAGGGAGGGGGAGGGGGUAGAGGAUUAAGGAGGAAGGAGAAGGUGUAAAAGAGUUUCCUAGGUUAGAGGCAGAAGCUUGAAAUGUAGAGUGGUAGAAAGGGGCUUUAGCAGCGAAUACAGAGGAAGAGAAGGUAGAGAGGUGGGAGUGAAAGGAUGAUAGGUCCUCCGGAAGUUUAGUUUUCCUCCAUUUUCGCUUAGCUGCCCGCAGCCCUGUCCUGUAAGCUCGCAAUGAGUCACUCAGCCACGGAGCAGGAGGGGAGGGCCGAGCUGGCCGGGAGGAAAGAGGACAGUGCGAGUCAUAAGAUGCGGAUAGGGAGGAGAGUAGGGUCGAAGAGGCAGAAUCAGGAGACAGGAGGGAGAAGGAUUUAGUAGAAGGGAGAGAUGAUAGGAUAGAAGAGGAGUGAGUAGUGGGAGAGAGAGGGAAGAUUGCGACGGGAUAUGACCAUCUGGGUAGGGGCCUAUUGGUUAGGGUUGGAGGAAAGAGAGACGGGAAAGAGAGAGUUGGAAAUAAAUUAAUCGAAGGCAGACGUUGGAAGGUUGAAGUCGCCAAGUACGAAGAGCGGUGAGCCAUCGUCAGGAAAUGAGCUUAUCUCCAAGGGCACCUGGUGGGCAAUAGAUUACCAUAAUGUUAAGCUUGAGUGGACAAGUGACAGUGACAGCAUGGAAUUCAAAUGAGGAGAUGGACAGGUGAGAGAGGGAGAAAAUAGAAAAUCUCCACUUAGGAGAAAUAUGUAGACCUGUGCCACCACCGCAAUGACCAGUUGCUCUCGGACUAUGAGAGAAAACAUAGUUAGAUAAAGAAAGAGCAGCUGGAGUAGCAGUGUUCUCUGGGGUGAUCUAUGUCUCCAUCAGGGCCAAAAAGUCAAGGGACUGAAGGGCAGCAUAGGCUGAGAUGAACUCGGCGUUCUUGACCGCAGAUCGGCAGUUCCAACACUGCCAGAGACCCGGAAUUCCACAUGGGUUGUGCGCGCAGGGUACACUAAAUAACGUUUUUUUUAUUAAUAUAUUUUUCAAAUUCAGCACACCUACUUCCCGCGGCUAUGACUGACACUGCCAAUACCACUGCACUCCUGGUCAGCUGCCUGCAGGACAUCGAAGCAUGGAUGCAGUUGAGUUUCCUGCAGUUAAUCUGCAAAAAGACAGAGGUUGUCCUGAUUGGCACUCGCACCAUCAUAAACAACAACAGCAGCUACAGCCUCAAUAUUGAUGGUGUCAAGGUCCUCCUCUCCAGUGAGGUUUGCAACCUGGGUGUGAUAUUGGACAGUCAGUUCUCGUUUGAGGCCCACAUCAAGAAUAUGACCAAAGUUUCAUUUGUCCAUUUUUUACGGAACAUUGCCAGGUUACGACUUAUGCUAUUACAACCUGCAGCUGAGCGACUCCUACACACCUUUAUUUCAUCCCGUCUGGACUAUUGUAACGCCCUUUUUGUUGGCGCAUCUGCCAAGUGCCUAAACAGGCUACAAUAUGUCCAGAACUGUGCUGCAUGUGUCCUCACCCACGUGUCCCUAGAGUGCACGUGUCCUUAGAGUACACUGGAUGUAUUACAUUGUAAUAAUUUGUUUUGUUCUGAAAGUAUAGUUGAUAAAGAAUGCACAAACAACUGGCACUUUAUUUUCAAUGGGACUCACGUGGCAUUAUCCUAAUUUACAGGCUGGAUGAUUGACGAGAAUGUCCGUCCCACCUUCAAGGAACUGGCCAUUGAGUUUACCAGAAUGGCCAGGGACCCGCCGAGGUACCUUGUUAUCAAGGUAAGACAGAAUGCCACCCUUGGGAGAAAUCAGUAGCCAUACAAACCAAUAUGCUAAGAAUGUUUUUUUUUAAAGUCCACUCCCAAAUGCCAGUCAUUACAGUCCAAAGACUAUGCCAUUUACUUGACAGUCACACUCUUGUUCAUCCAAACCAAAUGUCAGCUCAUGAGGAUAAUAAAGAUGUUGUUGGAGAAUUUGAUGAUGAUGAUUAUGAUGAUGAUGACUGAAGUUGCAUUCCACCAGGGGGAAUGCAGCCCGUCGGACUCUCCCUCAGAUGUGUCUCACCAGCGAGGCACGAAGCUGGAUGACAUGGAGGCGGGGCAGGAGGACCAGAAUGAGAAGACGCUAGGGGACGGCACACCCCCUCUCUACCGGUCACAGGCCAGGAGUCUCUCGCGACUUUCACGAAUGGACAGUCACAGGGUGAGGGCUCAUAUGAGGCAUCUCUCCAUAUUCAUACACUAUAUAAGGAGCCAGGAGUUUUUCCGGACCAUGUGACCUAACCAGGAAAACCCCUGGCCCGUAUAAUUUGGUUACCCUGUUUUCUUCUAAUCCCCAUCCUGUCCUGUCCCAUUUCUGUAUUCCCCUCAGGGUGUUCACAGCAGUCAGGCUGGAUACCUGCCCAUGACCCCAGGACUGGAUAACCCUCAGGUCAGUCACUGGAGAUGAACCAUGACCAUUUUGCAGACAAAGAUACAUGAAAACCUACUGAAAACGUGAACAUGCUAACACGUCUUCCACCCUAUACCAAUCCUAUAGGGUUGAUCACUCAUAUUGCAUUAUACCCCAUAUUCCCCUGUAUAGAUGGUGUGGCCGUCAGCGUCCCGCUCUCGCCUCAAUUCCGCCCGCACCAUGUCAGAGAGUUCCGAAGGGCGGGGCACGGUGGUGGAGCUGGAGAUGAGCGAAUACUUUUUAUUGGCUGGCAGCAUGAGGAGGAAGCGGCAUCGGGAGGACAGUGCCUACAUGUCCCAGAGGGACAGCAUGUCAGGGGGGCUGCCUGAGACCCCCUCCCCUGACACAGAGGGGGAGAAGGACCAGAGCGGAUACAUGCUCCCUGGACUGGGUGACAGCCCAGAGAGAGGUGAUAUACCAUAGAUAGAUUACGCAAACAUUUACACACACAAUAUGCAUAGAAACAUCUUUGCGUUUCUGUCUAUUGAACAUAUUGCAUUUAUAAAUGUUCAUUAAGCCAUAUAAAAAGAGUAUAGGUUUUUGCAUGACAUGUGUUUUAGGAUGGUUGCAUGGUCAUUGUUAUAACUCUGAGUAUAUGAAUGUCAGUAUUAAUUGCAAGAGUACUCAGAUACAGUUGAAGUCGGAAGUUUACAUACACUUAGGUUGGAGUCAUUAAAACUUGUUUUUCAACCAAUCCACAAAUUUCUUGUUAAUAAACUAUAGUUUUGGCAAGUCGGUUAGGACAUCUACUUUGUGCAUGACACAAGUAAUUUUUCCAACAAUUGUUUACAGACAGAUUAUUUCACUUAUAAUUCACUGUAUCACAAUUCCAGUGGGUCAGAAGUUUACAUACACUAAGUUGACGGUGCCUUUUAUACAGCUUGGAAAAUUCCAGAAAAUGAUGUAAUGGCUUUAGAAGCUUCUGAUAGGCUAAUUGACAUCAUUUGAGUCAAUUGGAGGUGUACCUGUGGAUGUAUUUCAAGGCCUACCUUCAAACUCAGUGCCUCUUUGCUUGACAUCAUGGGAAAAUCAAAAGAAAUCAGCCAAGACCUCAGAAAAAAAUUGCAGACCUCCGCAAGUCUGGUUCAUCCUUGGGAGCAAUUUCCAAAUGCCUGAAGGUACCACGUUCAUCUGUACAAACAAUAGUACGCAAGUAUAAACACCAUGGGACCACGCAGCCGUCAUACCGCUCAGGAAGGAGACGCGUUCUGUCUCCUGGAGAUGAACGUACUUUGGUGCGAAAAGUGCAAAUCAAUCCCAGAACAACAGCAAAGGACCUUGUGAAGAUGCUGGAGGAAACAGGUACAAAAGUAUCUAUAUCCACAGUAAAACGAGUCCUCUAUCGACAUAACCUGAAAGGCCGCUCAGCAAGGAAGAAGCUACUGCUCCAAAACCGCCAUAAAAAAGCCAGACUACGGUUUGCAACUGCACAUGGGGACAAAGAUCGUACUUUUUGGAGAAAUGUCCUCUGGUCUGAUGAAAAAAAAAUUGAACUGUUUGGCCAUAAUGACCAUCGUUAUGUUUGGAGGAAAAAGGGGGUUCUUGCAAGCUGAAGAACACCAGCCCAACCGUGAAGCAUUGGGGUGGCAGCAUCAUGCUGUGGGGAUGCUUUGCUGCUUUGCUAUUUUGUGAAGUGCUGGUGCACUUCACAAAAUAGAUGGCAUCAUGAGGAAGGAAAAUUAUGUGGAUAUAUUGAAGCAACAUCUUAAGACAUCAGUCAGGAAGUUAAAGCUUGGUCGCAAAUGGAUCUUUCCAAAUGGACAAUGACCCCAAGUAUACUUCCAAAGUUGUGGCAAAAUAGCUUAAGGACAACAAAGUCAAGGUAUUGGAGUGGCCAUCACAAAGCCCUGACCUCAAUCCUAUAGAAAAUUUGUGGGCAGAACUGAAAAGGCGUGUGCGAGCAAGGAGGCUUACAAACCUGACUCAGUUACACCAGCUCUGUCAGGAGGAAUGGGCCAAAAUUUACCCAACUUAUUGUGGGAAGCUUAUGGAAGGCUACCAGAAACGUUUGACCCAAGUUAAACAAUUUAAAGGCAAUGCUACCAAAUACUAAUUGAGUGUAUGUAAACUUCUGACCCACUGGGAAUGUGAUGAAAGAAAUAAAAGCUGAAAUAAAUCAUUCUCUCUACUAUUAUUCUGACAUUUCACAUUCUUAAAAUAAAGUGGUGAUCCUAACUGACCUAAGACAGGGAAUUUUUACUAGGAUUAAAUGUCAGGAAUUGUGAAAAACUGAGUUUAAAUGUAUUUGGCUAAGGUGUAUGUAAACUUCCGACUUCAACUGUAAUUUCAGAUCUCUGGAUCACCUUACUCACUCCUUUUUUUCUUGUCACUCUUCUCCACAGAGACCCUACUGUCUAGCUCCCAGGUCACCCUGCCUCACGGGAGGACGUCCAAGGUCCCCUCAUACCCAUCAGGACCCUUGGAGGACCAUGACAGUGCCUGUGAGGAAUAUGAGUACAUGAACAAACAGGCGUGCAUGAUGUAUCUCUCCCCCAGGCAGCAACCUGGACAUUCCAAAGAUGGCCCACAGCGGCUGAAGAUGAACAAGAGGCAACACUCUUCUGUGCCAGACACAGAGUACACAAAGUGCACGGGGUACAGGACAUCAGCUGGGGAGAACAGGGGAAGCCAAACCAAGAAUGAAGAACACCAGGAAUAUGAAUUCCCUGCUCUCAACUCUGAUUCAGACGACACAGAAGAACGGGGCUCUGGUGAUGUGGAAUACAAGUACAUGGACAUUCGAAGUGUUGGACCAGAGGCCAGUGAAAGACCAGACGAUCCCCCAACACGAGAUGUCCCUCAUCCUGGAGCUACGCCUAAACAGCGGAUGAGAGGCGAGAGAGAUGUGGAGGAAGAGGAAGACGAAUACGUAGAAGAAUACGUAGAAGAGGACAACUAUCAGUACAUUAACAGGCAGCCCAAGCUGCGGCAGGCUCUGCGAGGCAGGGAGGGGCUGAGGAUGCAAGGAGGAGGAGAGGGAGAGGUGGAUGAGUAUGAGGACAUGGAUUCCCUGGCCGCCCCUGGAGCUGGGGACCCAGUGGAGUACGAGAAUUUGCAGAGAGAAGGUGAAGGUGCAAUGGGAGGCAUGGGGGGUCAGCACACAGGGAUGGGGGCAUUUGUAAAAGUGCAUGCAGGAGUAGGGGUGGGGGAGCCUAGCGGCGGAGAUCGCUCCUUUGACAAUCCAGACUACUGGCAGAGCAGGUUGUUCCUGAAGCUUAACGCUGUGAGCACGUAG